GCUGUGUUACUUGUAGAAUUCCUCUGGUACCUGAAUGCAGCAUCAGCUAGGCGGUACCAAUAGGCUACUUUAAUGGCAACCUGUGAACCGACAGUAUUGCGGAUAAACUACUUGUGUAAUAAAUAUCGUUAGAUGGUAAAACACGCAUUUUCAAACCAAGAUAAAUAAAACGUUCUCGCUGGGUCAUUGUCUGGAUUUACGAAGUGAGAAACAAUAAAGAAUCGGAACGGGGCCACAAACAUAGAGGCCACAAAGCCAAACCACCAGCACAAAGUCAUCGGAAAUAUAACACUAAACAGUAUUUCCGGCCUGCCAUGGCGAUGUUGUGAUGGAGGAACCAAUGAGCAUGGGACAUGAUUGCCUGACGGAACAUAACUGGAGACACACAGUUUGAAACUACAAACCCUAUACUGUCUAUGUACAAACCCAACCAUGCAUCGAGCUGCUCGGAGCAGACUGUCUCCGUGGAUAGAGAGUCUGAUCCUGAGCUAUGGCAGUCCGGAGGGGAGCAGCAGCAGCAGCAGCGGGCGGCUGAAGGCUCAUGUCAUCGGGGUGGGUCAGAUGUCUCAGUCCCAGGCUCAGGGCUCCGAGGGCCCCACCGGGCUGCUCUUUCUGUCCGAUGGGGAGCUCCAGAUCCCUGCCAUUCUCACGGCAUCAGCCUGGGAGCAUCUUCAGGACCAGGAGGACCGCGAGAGUUUCACCAGCCUGGUCAACAGCACGGUGUGCCUUCAGGACUACCGGCUGCAGUUUCACAUGGCCCUGGAACAGACGAAAUGCAGAUUCUACUUAUCAGUUGGAGAGCUGGCUACGACCGCAGCCGGUCCAGUUAAAGACAACACCCCUUGCAGCACAACACAGCCCUCCAUCAGGCUGAAGAUCUGUAAGACAUGGAGAGCCCUGCUGGGUCAGGAGACACAGGACUCUCAGAAGAGCCAGUGUGGCUUUGAUCUGUCAGAGCUGCUGGGGGAGUGGCAGCAUGACUGUCUGCAGGCUGUGCUGGACGAUGUUCGGGAGAGGCUGGCGGUAGAGAGCAGCCGCCUUGUGAGCCAGCAGCCCUCCACCUCCACUUUCAACUCAUCGCUAACCCGCCCAGACACAUUCACUGCCACAGGCUGGUGUGUUGACCGGCUCAGAUAUAAGGGAGGGAAAUGUUUCAAAGUCCCCAUAAAGUGUCUUCUCAUCCCGGAGGAAGAUGCUCAGCAGCUGCAAACGCCACCGGAUGUUGGAAGCAGGACAACGAGUGGACUUUCUGCUGCCUCUGAGGACAGUAAGAGAGAUUUACCUCAAGUCGGCAAACCUACAGAGACCACGCAGCCUUCUGUUGAUGAUGUAGAGUGGAUAAUAGCCGAGCCAGCAUUUGUAGAGAGAGAUCAAGACGCCAGUGAGAAUUCCCCUUGCCCUGGGGAGGACAGCAUGCUACAUGAGGACAUGAUCCCAGCCAUGAUUGAUAGCGACACCCAGACUUUAUCCAACCCUUGGGACAUUUUUCCUCCACCAGGUGACACCUCAUCAUCCUCUGAUGCAUCCCCGAAAGCAACACCAACCCAGUCACAGCACCAUCCCACUGCUACCGAAUUCAAGUCUGCUCAUUCUGUGAUCCUAACCAGCACGCAGCUUUCUGUCCACAGCUCCAAAGAAUCCCGGCAGACAUUAGAGUCCAGCAAAGGGGAGCGCAGCUACCUCCCGCCGUACCAGAAGCUGCCACACUCAGCAAGCUUCCCCGCCACUGCUGCUUCUUUAACUUCAACUUCUGCGAGUCCGACAGAGCCCUUUACCGGACCAUCAAACCUGUCGCCUGCCCCAGACCAACACCACACCGACACAGCACAACCAAAUCUUCCAGUUUUGGACCGAGAAGGCCAGAUUUUGGGAAAAGACACAAAAGUGACUGUUGAGGGAAAAUAUAGAAAGGCAAAGAGAAAGAGAAGUGAGCCCACACCAGAAGCAUUGAAGGCCUUAGUGGAGAAAGAGGAGGGAGCUGAGAUCAGUAGAAGCCCUCCGUCUUGGCUCUUUGACACUCAGGUUGGCCCCGGGGCCGAAGAGGGCAGCAGUCAUCAACAGGGUCCAACUCUCUCCAGAAAGAGUCCCAGUGUUCACAGCGACGGCAUGCUGUUCUCUUACUCUUACCAAGUGUCAGGACAGAAUCUGCAGGAUUUCAGUCGCUUCACGGUCGCAGGGUCCCUGCUGCACUGGGCCGUGAAAUACCUCGUUGUCCCAAAACCAGCAGAUAAUCCACAGGACACGUCAGGAAUGUCCAAGCAGACCAAGUUCACUUCACUUUAGGUUCUCUAUGUUGAUAGACCGAGAUCUUCAACAGGGGGUCCUCAGAGUUACUGCAGGGGGGCCUUCAAAGUAGUUUUUAAUAU